AUGACCGCGGAACGCUUGCUUAUCCCAAUGAUCCAAGCGCUCCGCAAAGCUACAAAGUCGGACGAGCCGCUCGACAUCUUGUUAUCCGACACACUAGUACAGGCUGCAUUCGAGGCUAAGUGCCUCGGUUUAUUCUGGGAGUCUUUUCUUCCAUUCGGAUGCCCCAUUCCAGAAACUACCACUUCAAGCAGCUGGACGCUCCUCGCGCAAGAUUUGUAUCUCCACGAGCCCAUAUUGCGGAAGGCUCUCGUCGCUCUCGCAUUGGCCAACAUUGGAAAGAGAGAUAACAAGCAAGGGAUGCGAGAUACAGGGCUCAGAAUUUACGGGAAAGCUUUGUGUGGAAUGAGAGUGGCGCUACUGAAUCCGUCACAGGUCAAUUACGAUGGAAUCUUGGUUGCCACUAAGAUAAUGAGCCUCUUCGAAAUGUUCCAUGGAGACGAUAGGCAAGACAAAGUCGCCCAAGCGCGUGCUUGGCUUGAUCACGUGAAGGGGGAGAUUGCACUCUUCCUCGGGAGAGGCCCGAAGGGGUGCGCCAGCGGCGUCAGCCAUCGCAUGUUUCGUGACGGGCGUGCAAUCAUGGUGCUUCCGAGCAUUUAUAGACGCAAAAAGUCCAUCCUCAGCAGCCCAGCCUGGAAGCAUAUACCCUGGAGCCUGGUACCGAAAUCUGCCACGGACAGCCUGGUGGACAUUUUGGUGGACAUUCCCAUCGUCUUGGAGAAGUGGGACGAUCUGCAAGGCGAGACUAAUCUAGGGAAAAAGCAAAGGCUACAAGAAGCGUUGCUUCAAACCUGCUGGAAAUACGACAGAGACCUGCUUGCUUGGUUCACAUCGUUUGGCCCCGUCAAAGUGGCGGAAGACUUUGACUACAACGCUCAGAUUUCCACGAAAGACAUUGCCAGGGCCCACACGUUGAACCUAUACUGGACUACCUGCCUUAUACUAUACAAUGUGAUGUGCAGGGCAGCAGUCUCGCAGACGGAGCUGCCGGCCCGAAUAGACCCUUUGAUCUGCUGCCGCCACAUUGCGCGGUCAUUGCCAAUCUUCCUCAAGAAAAGUAGCGGCUGGUGGGGUCUUAGUGUUGCCCUCUUCCCUAUGGGCAUGGCACUUAGAUUCCUCGCUACGAAGAAAGACAGCGAAGAAUAUUCUCGAAUACGAGGUUUCAUCGACCACGAAACACAGGGCUUCCAUCUUAGUCAAUUCCUGAGUAGCAGUCGGCGCAAUACGUCCGCUCUACUCUUACAUAAUGUUCAGGGAAUAUUUUAG